AUGAGCCGCACCAACAGGCCUCCGCUGACAGUUUCCCGCAAGAUCCGUAAGAUGAAGCUCCCAGGGCAGCAGAACAUAACUGCUGUCGUGGUGGGUACAGCGACUGAUGAUGUUCACAUCCAGGAAAUCCCCAAACUUAAGGUUUGUGCCCUGAGCAUGACCCGAGGAGCUCGUACCCACAUCCUGAAAGCUGAUGGCCAGAUCAUGACUUUUGACCAGUUAGCCAUGGCUGCCUCCAGGGGCCAAGGAACUGUGCUGCUUUCUGGACCCAGGAAGGCUUGCAAAGUUUACAGGCAUUUCGGCAAGGCCCCUGGAACCUCACACAGCCACACUAAGCCAUACAUCAGAUCCAAGGGCUGCAAGUUUGAGCGGGCUCGAGGUUGCCGUGCCAGUCGAGGCUACAAAAACUAG